GGCAUAAGUUUCUCAAUGUAUAUUUUAUGUGCCAUCAACUUACUACAUGAUUUUGUUGUGUCCCUUCUUUCUGCUGCCUCUGAAGGCAAAAUCCCCGAUCUGCUGUCUGAGGGCUCAGUUGAUAGCAUCACCAAGCUGGUACUGGUGAAUGCUAUUUAUUUCAAAGCGAACUGGGCAACGAAAUUUCAGGAAGCUGACACCACUGAUGCACCAUUUUGGCUAAAUAAGAAUGAAAAAAAGACAGUAAAAAUGAUGUAUCAGAAAAAUAAAUUUAAUUUUGGAUACAUCCCCGAAGAGAAGAUCUGUGUUUUAGAGCUGCCUUACGAUGGAAAAGAACUUAGUAUGUUCAUCCUGUUACCUAGAGAUACUGAAGAGGACUCCACUGGACUGCAGAAGAUGGAGAAGCGGCUUACAUUGGAGAUGCUCCAGGACUGGACACGUCCAGAGAAUCUGUAUUACACUGACGUUCAUGUGCGUUUGCCAAAGUUUAAGCUGGAAGAAAGCUAUGAUCUUAAAUCAGAUUUAGUUGCUAUGGGCUUGCUGGAUGUAUUUGACAGUGGCAAGGCUGACUUGUCAGGAAUGUCAGGGGCACGUGAUCUCUUCCUCUCUGCAGUUGUCCACAAGGCUUUUGUGGAAGUGAAUGAGGAAGGCACAGAAGCUGCAGCUGCCACUGCUGGCAUUGCUAUGCUCUGCAUGGUUAUAGAAGAGGAUUUCAAUGCUGACCACCCUUUCCUUUUCUUUAUUCGCCACAACCCAACACAAAGCAUACUUUUCUUGGGCAGAUAUGCUUCCCCAUAGAAGCAAACUUAGUAUUUGCAGCAGUUCUUGC